GAAACGUCGACAAGAAUGUGACAAUUCAGGCAGCACUUGGUUUCAACCUAUGAUCGCACACAAAACGUGACACUGGCCCGUAUAAGCCUCCUCAAGCGUUGCGCAAGGCUCAACGGUGAUUUACGACGCGGCCACUAGCAAGGCUGACUCGGCGCCACAUGGGGGCAAAAGCUCGUGUUAACCCGUUGGACUCUCUCCCCUUCCCAACAUAUUAUCCCCGUCGACAGUCCAAAUUUUUAUUCUCCACUGUUAUCAAGACCCUUUUUCUUCCUGCCAAUGGUUCUUGACUAAGGUUGGUAAAACCCCGCGCCAACAUGCCACGAAAUAUGCACAAUCCGUUGCCCGCAUCGCUUCACAGCGAAUGCCUUAAGGCCCGACAGAUUCUAGAAUCGUUCAUCGAUGGCUCCUUUACAGGCAGCCCGGGCAAGGAAAUGCCGACGCGCUUCCUCGGCGAAGCCAAGGGUCUCGCUAUUAUCACCGUCAUCCGAGCCGGCUUUCUAGGAUCAGCCCGAGUCGGCUCGGGCAUUCUGACCGCCCGACUCGAGGACGGCAGCUGGUCGGCGCCGUCAGCCGUCGCAACGGCCGGAGUCGGUUUCGGCGGCCAGUUCGGCAUCGAGUUGACGGAUUUCGUCUUCAUUCUGAACGAGCGCGCCCUGCGCACGUUCUCCCGCACAGGGAGUCUCACGCUGAGCGGGAACAUCUCCAUCGCGUUCGGGCCGUUCGGGCGCAGCGCCGAAGUCUCCGGCGGCGCCAGCACGAACGGUCUGGCUUCUAUGUUUAGCUACUCCAAGACGGUGGGCAUGUAUGGCGGGGUAACGGUGGAGGGCGGGAUGCUGAUCGAGCGCAAAUCCGCGAAUCGGAAGUUCUACAAGACAAAGGUCACCGCGGACCAGUUGCUUCGCGGGGAGGUCCCUCUCCCGGACGCGACGCAGUCCUUGAUGCGCGUCCUAGGCCAUAAGGUGUUCGAUCCCCCGGCGGAGAUGGAGUCCCGUGAGGUCCCGGUCACUCGUGAAAUUUCUCAGCCUGAUGGCGUGGUUGAACUGUCGGCGCGUGCGGAGGCUCAGCCGCCGUCUGAGCUGCCUGUUGAUUCGGGUCGAGGUGAUCUGUCACCGACUCCGUCUCCCCGCCACGGGAACGUGAGAGAUUUAGGCAUUGUAACGGAGCUCGAUGGGACGCCUUGUACACCGCAGCCGGCCGAGCUAUCUUCAGAGCCCGUUGUACUGUCUUCGGUGGCAGGGCUCCCGGCAAGCGUGUCCGAGAAGCCUUCAAGGAAGCCAUUACGGCAGGAUUCUGGACAGUCACCAGGAGCACAAGAUGCGGAGCCCACUGUCCAACCAUCGCCAGAAUCCACGUCUCCAGCUGAACCCACGGAGAAGGCAGCUGCAAGCAAUAAUGGACCACACGAAGAACGUCCUGCAGCAUUCACAAUCAACGCCUGAGCGAGUGUGGUAUUCCCACUUUUCCGGCGGAAUAGGUGCAUCGCAUGUCCAUCACAAGGUCUCGACUGGUAUUUCCAUUCGCCACCCAGGACAAAAAAACAUUGUAUAUAGACUACCUUCAGAUUGUACAUACUUGAAUUAUAUCCCAUUUUCAAUCCAGC